CCUCUGCCAGGACUCUAGUUAACGCUGGGCUGGGGGACCAGGCAGUGGUCACUCCGCUCGGCAGGACCUGCGGGAGACCCCCUCCUCCCCCGCGAGGACUCCCGCUCUAACCCCGACCCCCUCUCAGACCUCCGACCCCACGUCCGUUCCGCCCCGUCUGCCCCCGCCGGACCUGCUGCGCCCCGCGCCCCUCCUGGCACGACCCGCAAGCGCCACCGGAAGAACCCGGCAGGUCCCCGCAGCGCCGCCAUCGUUUCAGCAGCGGCAGCCUUUGGGUCCUCGGCCAGACUGGGCUGUCUGCUGCGCUGCCUGCACGGACGGUUGUACAAGAUGCUAGAGGCCCUGCCCCUGCUGCUGGCAGUCUGCUCCUUGGUCCUGGUGCUGCUGACACUGUUGUGGCUGCUGCCACACCCGAAGUGCUCUCUCGUCUUCAUUGCCUGGGAAGAGCUUAUCCUGCUUCCCGUCAGGAACCUCCUCAUGGGCAGCAGCAAGGAACAGCGCAUUCUGCAAUAUGUGCUGCAGCACGCAGUGGCAGGGGACCCGGAGAGCGUGCUGGACACCAUCGACACCUACUCCUCUCAGAAGGAGUGGGCCAUGCACGUGGGCAGCAAGAAAGGCCAGAUCGUGGACACUGUGGUGCAGGAGCAGCGUCCCUCUGUGCUGCUGGAGCUGGGGGCUUACUGUGGCUACUCGGCUGUGCGCAUGGCCCGCCUGCUGCUGCCCAGCGCCCGGCUGCUGACCAUUGAGCUUAACCCCGACAAUGCUGCCAUCGCCCAGCAGGUGGUGGACUUCGCAGGCCUGCAGGACAGGGUGACCGUUGUCAUCGGGGCAUCCCAGGACAUCAUCCCUCAGCUGAAGAAGAAAUAUGAUGUGGACACGCUGGACAUGGUCUUUCUUGACCACUGGAAGGACCGGUACCUCCCAGACACGCUCCUGCUAGAGGAAUGUGGCCUGCUGCGGAAGGGAACAGUGUUGCUGGCCGACAACGUCAUCUGCCCGGGGGCCCCAGAUUUCCUGGCACACGUGCGAGGGUGCGGCCGCUUCGAGUGUACACACUUUAGCUCAUACCUGGAGUACUCGCAGAUGGUGGAUGGCCUGGAGAAGGCUGUCUACAAGGGCCCAGGCAGCCCUGCACAGCCUUGACGGCCUGCCCUGUGCCAGCUCCCUCUCCAACCCUGGUUCUGGAGGGUGCAGUGAACCCACUUCUGCCAACUUCGCUUCUGCUAGUAUCUAUCUGUCUGUCUUCCAUGCAGCCCCCUUGAGGCCAGUGAGGCCCAGGCCUGCCCACACGGGUCCGCCCCAAGUGCAACCAGCUCACCUUGCAAAAUCACCCCAAUAAAUCUGGAAAGUAUCUGCCUAUAAAACCAGGUCAGGCAGGCAGUGCCUGUGACAGUGUCACUCACCCCCACCAGCAUGCCAACAGGGCAAGCCCAGCAGAUGCUGGAAGCGGGGACCUGUUGGGCUGUGCAGGCAUGCAGCCUGCCUUUGAGGUCUGUCGUCACCAGGUGGCAGCAGUGCCUCAGGGGUGGCACCCUACACCUCUAUUCCAGAGCUUUCGCCUCUUUUUUAAGUCAGAAAUGCAACUUCUUUACUAAAAGCAGCUGCUAAUAAUCUUACACACAAUAUCAUGUUUAAAAGAUACUACAAUAGAAAUGAAAGAUUUGAGUAUUUAGCUAAGAGAUGAGCAGAGUGCUUCUCUUCAGCCACCACACUGCUCCUUCUGUCCCCUGGUGUCCUCACCUUUGCAUCAAACAUGCUGCCCCCACCCCCACCCCAGAUGCUAAGGCUGUAGACUGGCCACAGCAGUGCCAGGAGUCAGCCCUGCUCAGUGCUGCUUCUGUGGCCAGGCCACGGUACCUGCUAUAGCCCCAUGGGGAUGUCUCCAGGCAGGGCUGAGCCUAACCGGGGCCACCCCACCUGGGAAACCAGAACAGGGUAGCCAGCCAAGCUUCAGGCCCAUGCUGGGGAAGGUGGACAUGGCCGGCCCUGCAGCAGCGCCAGCUGCAAUCUGGCCAGCACCCAGCCUCCCAGGGCAGAGUGGAAACACCGGCCCCACUCCCACUCUGCCCCACUAAGACCAGCUGGGGCACUUCUGUGGUUGCCCAGCUGGCAAAUGAAGGAGUGAAGUUGGCUUGUAUCUACCUAAAUCCAGUGCCACCAGCCCUGACCCUGGUGUUCUAGCCUCAAGACACCUAAAGGGUUUGAUCUCUGGCCACCUCAGGCUUCCCAGGGUCCCAACAGAGGUUGGGGUCCUAGAUCCCAGGGUCACCCUCCUGAUUGGGUCCACCUGUGCCCAAGACCAGCCACCAGGCAGGACACUAUCCCGGGCCUCAGGGCCCUGCUAACCACCCAGGAUCAAGCCUACCGCUCUUUGUGUAUAGAAUGAGAAUGCCUGUGGGGAAACAGCCAUGGGGCCUAGGAGGUGAGCUCCCACUGGACACAGCAGACAUCACAGAGGUGGGGGCCACCUCCGCCCACCCAGCAAAUGAGGGGGGAGUGGUGGAGAGGGAGCUGAUCCUCAGAAGACAGAAAGUUCCUUUACUGCUUUUUUUAAUUUUCAAGUUUUCUUACAAAAAUUUAGAUGUUUACCAAUACAGUCUUUAAUGCUUUU